AGGAGAAAGAUCCACAAAUGCCAACAUUUAAAAUGUUUAGUAACUAUAACGACAAGGUUACUGACCAACAUUUAAUUAGAUUGCUUUAAGAUUCACAAUAGUUUUGUGCUUAUUCGCGAAAAAUCAUGAAUUAAGCACUCAUUUUCUCAUUUAAGCCUGAUUUGGAGUUUACAGCAGUUUAAAUCUUGUGAAGGACGAUGGCAUCUCCUCAGCUUCAGGAAACACUGGUGCAAGAUGCUCCAGUCCAGAUGGACAGCUCUUCGUCUCGCACUGAACUCAAUGUUGAGUUCAAAGGUGAUGGAAAUGCAACUUUAAAUGCUCCAAUACUCACUAAUAACAUCAUAUCAGGACCAGUAAACAUCAACUAUAACUUAAACCGUGUAGACCAACAAGAAUCCUCAGAGACAGCUGGAAGACACACAGAAAAACAAGAUGAUUUAUUGCUGCAAGAAUUUUUGAAAAGUCACAAAUCCAAUAUGAAGCAAAAGGUAGAGCAUAUUUUGGAUCUCAAAAAGGAAGAAGAAACUUAUCUCAAGGAUGUUUACACAGAGCUCUUCAUCACAGAGGGUGAUAUUAAAGGAGUGAAUGAAGAACAUGAGAUUCUACAGAUUGAUGAAGCUUUAAAGAGCAAAAAACAACAGGACAGUCCGAUCCACUGCAACGAUAUCUUCACUUCAUUGAGACAAAAAACAACAAAGAGAAAGAUUGUUCUGACCAAAGGCAUCGCUGGCAUCGGAAAAACCAUCUCUGUGCACAAGUUCAUUCUGGACUGGACUGAAGGAAAAGCCAAUCAGGAUAUAGACGCCAUGUUCCUGCUUCCAUUCCGAGAAAUUAAUUUGAUUAAUCAUAACAACAGUCUACAUCAGUUUCUGAGUAAAUUUUAUCGUGAACUGAAAAAACUGGAAAAAACAAAUUUAUAUAAGAAGUAUAAUCUUGCAUUUAUCUUUGAUGGACUUGAUGAGAGUCGACUGCCUUUCAAUUUUCAAAGUGAAAUGGUGACUGAUGUUGAUGAAAAAUCAACUGUGGAUGAAUUGUUCACAAAUCUGAUCAGAGGUCAUCUGCUUCCAUCAGCUCUUGUCUGGGUGACCUCACGACCAGCGGCAGCCAAUCAAAUCCCUUCAGAGUAUGUAGGUUUGUUCACAGAGGUGCGAGGAUUCACUGACCAACAGAAGGAAGAGUACUUCACAAAGAGAAUCAAAGAUGAGUCUCAGGCCUCCAGAAUUAUCUCACACAUCAAGACAUCUCGAAGUCUCUACAUCAUGUGUUACAUCCCUGUGUUCUGUUGGAUCACGGCUAUUGUUCUUUUGGAAACUCUUGAGAACACCACGGAGGACAUUCCCACAACACUCACUGAAAUGUACACCCAUUUCCUGCUAAUACAGAUGAACAUGAAGAACAGGAAACAUGAUACAAAAAUCGAAAGGGACUAUACCAAGUUGUUGGAUUCAAAUAAAUCAAUGGUUUUAAAAUUGGCUAAGCUAGCCUUUGAACAACUGAAGAAUGAAAACACAAUGUUCUAUGAGGAAGAGCUGAAAAAAUGUGGUAUUGAUUUGAGUGAAGACUUGACUGAGUCCACAGGAAUGCUCACAGAGAUCUUUAAGAAAGAAGCUGGACUGCAUGAGAUGAAGGUUUUCUGCUUUGUGCAUCUGAGCGUUCAAGAGUUUCUCGCUGCGCUACAUGUGUUCCUCAGUUACCUCAACAAGAACCUGAAGGAGCUUACAUUUUUCUUCAACCAUGAACUUUGGUUCUGCUUCAAAAAAAUCCUGAGAAAAGUUACUUUGCAUGAAUUACUCAACAAUGCUGUUGAUAAAGCAAUGCAGAGUGAGAGAGGACAUUUAGACCUUUUCUCGAGGUUUCUUCUGGGCAUUUCACUGGAAUCAAAUCAGAAACUGUUGAAUGGUUUGUUUAUGACUGAGAACAGUACAGAGAGCAUCACAAAAGUUCAAGAACACAUUAAACAAUUACUAAACAACAACAACAACAUCUCAGCUGAAGCUUCAGUUAACCUGUAUUACUGCCUACUUGAGCUAAAAGAUAAAUCAUUACAUGAGGAAAUCCAGCGAUACCUGGGUUCAGGCAGAAAUUCAAGAACAAAACUCUCAGCUUCAAUGUGUUCAGUGUUGACUUACACACUGAUGAUGUCAGAGGAGGUGAUGGAUGAGUUCAACCUGACGACGUACAAAACAUCAUAUUCAAACUACAUGAGACUAAUCCCAGCUGUGAGAUGCUGCAGAAAAGCCAUAUUGUCAUACUGUAAUCUCACUUCUGAGUCCUGUGAAAGUGUAUCAUCAGCUCUACAAUCAUCAAACUCUCCUCUGAGAGAACUGGACAUGGGUCACAAUGAUCUACAUGAUUCAGGGGUGAAGAUGAUCUCUGAUGGACUGAAGAGCUCAAACUGUAAACUGGAGAUAUUGAGAUUAUAUCGCUGUGAGUUGACAGAGAAAGGCUGUUGUGAUAUGACUUUAGCUCUGAUGUCAAACCCCUCCCACAUAAGAGAACUGGAUCUGAGCAACAAUCACCCAGGAGCUGAAGUAGUGAAGAUGAUUUCUGAUCUACUGAAAGAUUCACACUGCAGACUGGAGAAACUCAAAUUGAGAGCCUGUGAUCUCAGUGAUGAGUGUUGUGAAAGUUUAUCAUCAGCUAUACAAUCAUCAAACUCAUCUCUGAUAGAACUGGACAUGAGUGACAAUAAUCUACAGCAUACAGGAGUGAAGAUGAUCUGUGACGGACUGAAGAGCCCAAACUGUAAACUGGAGACACUGAGAUUGAGAGCCUGUGAUCUCAGUGAUGAGUGUUGUGAAAGUGUAUCAUCAGCUCUACAAUCAUCAAACUCUCAUCUGAUAGAACUGGACAUGAGUCACAAUGAUCUACAGGAUACAGGGGUGAAGAUGAUCUGUGAUGGACUGAAGAGCCCAAACUGUAAACUGGAGACACUGAGAUUUUCAGGCUGUACACUCGCUUCUGGGAGUUGUGAAAGUGUAUCAUCAGCUCUACAAUCAUCAAACACUCCUCUGAGAGAACUGGACAUGAGUUACAAUAAUCUACAGGAUUUAGAAGUGAAGUAUAUCUCUGAUGGACUGAAGAGCCCAAACUGUAAACUGGAGAUACUGAGACUAAAUGACUGUGAGUUGACGGAGGAAGGAUUCUCUGAUCUAACUUCAGCUCUGAGGUCAAACCCCUCACACAUAAGAGAGCUGGAUCUGAGUAACAAUCACCCAGGAGCUAAAGGAGUGAAGCUGAUCUCGGAGCUACUCAAACAUUUGAACUGCAGACUGGAAAAACUUGAUUUACAUUACUGUAAGUUGACCGAGGAAGGAUUCUCUGAUCUAACUUCCGCUCUGAGAUCAAACCCCUCACACAUAAGAGAGCUGGAUCUGAGUAAAAAUCACCCAGGAGCUGAAGGAGUGAAGAUGAUCUCGGAGCUACUGAAAGAUUCGCACUGCAGACUGGAGAAACUCAAAAUAGCGUACUGUAAGAUCCAGAGGAGGAAGGCUGUUCUUAUCAAGACUGUUCUUAUCUGGCCUCAGCUCUGAAGUCAAACCCUUCACACAUGAGAGAACUGGAUCUGAGCUACAAUCAUGCCAAAGAUGAAGGAAAGAAGCUGCUCUCGGAUCUACUGGAAUAUCCACUCUGCAGACUGGAGAAACUCCAUUUACAAGGCUAAAUUCACAGGCCCUGACAUGUGGCAGGUCUUUUGAGAUUCUAAAAUGAUCAUUAAGGACCUGCCCGAUUAUUUCAUGAAUUUAUAAACUGUCAGCCAUGGACCUUCCUCCUUAAACAAUUCUGAUGUAAUUUCUCCGCAUUCAGCUCCUCCCCUAAUCGAACUGACCUCAUUUCAUUCGGUAGUGUGGAGGGCUUUAGCACAAAGCUUGAACCAAGUCAAACUCUUGAGACAGAAUGUCACCCAAAGUGAGAAAACCAGAUGGCCUUAAAGAUGGAGACACAAAUUCCUCCAAUAGAAUUUCUCUCUCUCUAUAUCAAUCACCAAGAAUAUGGUCUGAAUAUUUAUACACAUAUUUCUCCACAUUGUAUGCUUGCCCCCAUGUUAUUCUGCCUCACCUAUAACAUAAAGGGACAUGCGUGCUUAAUUGUAUUAUCUUUAUAUUAACAUUCUUGUCAAACUACAGGUCAGUAUACUUAUAAUCCUUUCAAGUUUCAUAUCUAAAUGUUUCACACUUCAUUCCUUGCAAGAUGGUUUAUAGCACAGUAAUGUAUUGUAAAUGCAUUUUUCUGCAUGAAAUUUGUAUUAAAAAAAUGAAUGUCACAA